AUGAGAACGUCGACGACGAAUUCGUCGACGCGCCUUCUCCUUCUCCUCCUCCUCGCCGUCCUCGCGGCGCGCGUCGUCGCCGCGGCGCCCGCGCGCGACGACCCGCGCGCGGCGACGGCGGCGCAUCGAAGGUCGUUCCGGUCCUUCUUCCGCGCGCUAGACAAGGACGACGACGGGCAGAUCGAGCGCGCGGAGCUCACGGACGCGAUCCGCGGCGUCGGCGGCGACGACUUCGACACCGAGCGCGAGAUCCGCGACGCGGUGAGGGCGACGACGAAGAAGAUCGACGGCGCCGACCGCGGCGACGGCAUAAGCGAAGACGAGCUCGUGGAUCACCUCACGAACCCGUCGAACGCGCUUCUCGUGCCGCACAACGUGGAGCGAUGGGUGAGGCACGGGCUGUCGUUCCCGCGGUACGCGGACGCCUUCAGGGACAACGCGGUGACGGCGCUCGACUUCCCCGCGCUCAUCGCGGACGACGCGAAAGCGCUCAGGGAGGACUUGGGGAUAUCGAGCGCGCUGCACCGCGGGCAAUUCGUCCGCGCGCUGAAGCGGCAGAUCCUCGGCCUCGGCGCGGUCCCGAGCGAGCCGCGAGAUUUGAAGACGUCCGCCGUGAACGCGUCCGCCGUCGCGAUCCGCUGGCGACCCCCCGCGCGCCUCGGGACCCCGCCGACGCAUCUCUACGUCGUCAAAGUCCAAGCCGGGAACGACCCGAAUUGGCACACGGACGGUAUCGUCGCCGCGGACGAGACGCACUACGUGUUUUCGAGCGCGAAGAUCGCCGCGGCGCAUCGCUUCGAGGUGAUCGCGUGGGGCGCGCACGGCGCGAGCGAAAAACGCGUCGUCUCGAAGCCGGCGUUCGUGCGACCGGCCGCGCAUCACGAGUCCUCCGCGAAGAGGCGCGAGGACGCCUCCGAAAGCGGCGGCGCUGGGGCGAAAGCGGGCCGGUUGGGGGACGACGACGUCCUCGAGGCCGCGGGCGGGGCGUACGCGUCGAUCGCGUCGACGUUUCUCGUGAUCGGGUUGGCGUCGCGGUUCCUCCUGAGCGGCGCGGCGUUCGUCGGCGGGCCGGGGACGAUGCGCGCGGCGGUGUGGAGAGGGAUGUGCUUCGUUUUGAACAUCAAGGGAAGACGCGGCGGGGGUGGGAACGGCGAGAGGGUGGAGGGGGAGGGUGGGGAGAGGACGAACGCGGCGGCGCCGUCGUCGCCGCCGCCGGCGGCGAACGGCGGCCGGCCUCCGCCUUCGUCGCGCCGGCCGGAGUUCCUGGACGAAGCGCUGAAGGCCGCGGUCGCCGCGGGCGUCGCGCCGCAGAUGUCGCGAGGUAACUCGCUCGCGUCCCUGAACUCGCGCGACUCCGACGGCGGCGGCGGCGGCGGGGGCGGAUCGACGCGGCGCGAAGACGUCGUCGAGUCCCCCGGCUCCCGCGCGGCGACGGCGACGCCGUCGUCGCCGCCCGUCCCCGAGAGCGAGCCUAAAAAGAAAGGGCGGUGCUGCGCCGUCGGGUGCGACGCGCGAUGGGACCGCUGGAGCGUCAUGGGGGACAUAAAGAUGAAGAUGAAGAAGCAUUUCUGCGGGCUGUGUCAGAGGGCGUACUGUCAGACGCACACGGCGGUGUCGCCGCACGGAGGGAGAGGCCGGUGCGACCCGGAGAGCAAGUGUUACUGCGUGACGUGCCACGCGGGAUUGGACGACGCGACGAAGGCGGCGUUGGAGAUGACGAAUAAGCUCUCUCGCGGCGCGGGGAAGGGAGGGAAGCAGUCGAAGUGGAGGAAGCUGAAGGACGUCUCCGUCGCGCCGUUGACGCCGUCGUCGAGCGCGGGGAACCUGGACGCGCGGCUCGAGUGCUAA